AUGCCUUUAAAAUCAGAAAGAGGCGUAGAAAAUGCAGUAGGCCAGCUUACAAACGCCCUACAAAAAGCAGACUGGCAAAUAGAUCACGAUGAAAGUUGCAAUUGCUGCUGUUGUACGUCUCAACAAACAUGCUACAAAUAUUUACAACCAGAAGUGCCGAAAUCUUUUGCUCCAAUCCGUCGUUAUUGGAAAUCGACUAUACCAAUGGACAGUAACACUACGUAUCAACUUUCCUACUGGGAAUGUCCAAAUGUAGUCGAGGAUCCUAUUUUACCACGGAAUUGGUUAGUUACUGGCGACGGUGAAAUAUCUGACGAAACAACAUACAGUUCCAGUUAUUUAGAAAACUUGUGCGUAAAACCUGAAUUACCUAUUACACCAUGUGAGAAACAAUGGCUUGGUAGAGGUCCUAUGCAAAAUGUUACAACUCAGAAGCAUGAUUACACAUGGAAAUCUAUGGAACCAGUAACACCCUAUAAGGCACAAGAUCAUAUAUAUUGUCAACCUGCACGUUUGCUUGACGACACAACAUAUAAAUUGAGUUACUAUCAGUCUGGUUGUCAUUUACCAGCUAUAUCUUAUGCUCCUAUAAGGAAAUACUUAAAGUCAGGCAUUCCGAUGGAAGAUCAUACAACUCAUAAGCUUAGUUAUUGGCCACAUGAUGUUACCCCAAGAGAAAUACCACAAUGGAGCAAGCAACAGUAUAUGCCAUCUUGCGAACCAGUGGAGAGCUGCACGACUUACAAAUUAAGUUAUUGGCCACAUUCAUCGAAAAGGCGUCCCCCAAUAAUACUUCCGGAAACCGAUAACUUUUUAAAUGCUGGCUGUUGCACUGACAACAACACAACCUACCGUCUCAGUUAUUUUGGUGCUGAUGGAGACAAGCGAAAUCCGAUUCGGCAACCUGAAAAUAUUCUUUUCUCACCAUGUCCGUUAACUUAUGACACCAUCCAUCGGAUGAGCUUCCCAGGCAACUGGUGUGUAAAACAAGAAAUGCCAAUUGUACCUUGUGAUAAACAAUUCUUAGGCAGAGGACCUAUACAAGAUGUAACAACACAGAAAUGUGAUUAUAUAUGGAAGACCACACCGUUAGAACCAGAUCUUCGUCAUAAAGAUAAUCUUAUUCCUGGAGGUUCACCUAUUGAAUGCUGCACUACUUAUAGACUUUCUUAUCUAGAGAAUAAUAAGGGGUUAACGUCUAUUGAGAACUAUGCACCUGUUCGGACGUAUCGUCCAUCAGAUAUUCCAAUGAAAUCGGAAACUGUUAUGCAGUUGAGCUAUCAGCCUGUAGAGGCUCAAAUCCCAGUUGAGAAACCAUGGUCUGAACAGCCUGCUUAUAAUUGUCCCGUGAAUCCAAUUGAUAAUAACACUACUUAUAAUACAAGGUUCGUCAUUUUUUUGUAUCAAUAA